GCUUCUGGGAAAACCAGGGUGGGAUCCUGAUCAACUGAAUAGAAUAAAUAAUGGAACUAUAAUAAUAAUAAUAAUAAUAAUAAUAAUAAUAAUAACAACAAUUUAUAUCAAAAAGUCAAAGGUGACUCUUUGAGGCGGUUUUAAACAAAUAACUAAUUUCAGAUUAGUGAAAACGGGUUUUGGUCAGAUCUGGUUUAACCAUGUGAGUGGCUGAAAAGCAGUGAUGGGGAGUAACUAGUUGCAUGUAACAAAAUUACAUAAUUGAAUUACAAAAUAAAUGUAACUCAGUAAACCCUACUAUGCAAAUAAGCAAUAUUGCAAAAAGCACUAUCAGAACCAUAGAUAGAUAGAUAGAUGUCUCUUUGGGGAUGUGACAACACCUGUUGAUGUCCUCUCGUGAUUUCUAGCGCCUUCACCACAGGGCGGAGCUACAACCGUGUUUUACAAAGCAAGCUUGACGUCUGCAGACAACAAGCGCCAUUUGUUUACCUUCUCAGCUCUCAUUCUCGCUUAAAACAAUACGUCGAACGAUAGUGAAAUAUGGUGACGAAGCGAAUUAGGUCCGAAUACAUGAAGAAAUUUAAGGAUCCGAAAUGGGACACUUAUGCAAAAUGUUAUGAGGAUUUGCUGAAGUACAGACUGUCGAGACGGCUGUUGGAGCAAGCGCACAACCCCUGGUUUUGGGGAGAAUGGGGGAGCGAGACAGGUUCCAGUGGUAAAUCUACUCCUCUAAGUCGGAAUAAAGUCGAACCUGAGAGGCUCCAUGAUGAGAAACCAGAAAGAUCUGCAUGUGUGACACCAGAACCUGAACCAGAACCAGAACCACAGGCAGAAGACACUGCAGACACCAAGCGUGUUACCAGAGUAGCUGAGCAAAGUCAUCAAGAGCGGGAGGAAGAAAGAGGGCCUGUUCAUCAGGGGUUGUCGCUAAGCUUGCGCGGGGGUGCUGACAUGCAUUUUCUGAAAGAAAAGAGCAAACUCCGCUCCUCACACAAGCAUACAAGGUCAAAAGUCAAGCCUCAUGCCACCAAAGACCCUGAAAAAGAGAACCGGCACCCUUUUGCCCUGUAUGGUGCAGGAGAGAGGCAGACAGAUAUGGCUUCCAAGAAAACCCAUAAUGUUGGACCUGCAGCAUCAACUGCAGAGAUCCAUGAGUCAGCGUUACGAGCAAAAACCAGACGGGAGAUGGAAAAACAGAUGAAGAGAUCUGACAAACAAAGAGCCAGAUCUGCUGACUUCGAAAAGAACAGAAAUAAGAUCGUCCCUGAUUUCAACCCCUGGAUGACGGAGUACAUGCGCUGCUUUUCAGCUCGUUCUCGGUAGUACUGCUUUCUGAAAUCCUUUGAAAAUGUCAGUGACUAUCUAAACCUCUCAGGCUAAACAACCCAAAACACUUCACAUGAUGACUGGCGCAUCUGUUCAGCUCACUUCCCGUCUUCAAGAAUAUGGGUCACAAUGAAUUAAACAGAUUAAUAACUCAAGGUUUUUUAGGGCUUUAUUUACACCAUGGAUAUGUUGCAUUUACUGGUACAUAUCAAACAUGAGAACACAAUCCAUUGAUGCUGCAGGGCAAAUUGCCAAACAAUCACAUGCCUUGUUGCAUGAUUUUUAUAGGUCAUAUAGAUUUAUAGGCCAUGAGAUUUACCAGUGUCUCUUUACACUCUUAGCUGUCAGACAAUUAUAGACAUAUAAUGUGAAGUAUUGUAAUGUUGUGUAUUAUCUACAUUGUGUUAAUAGUUAGGUUUAAUGUAAAGAAAUCUGUUUUGUACUUUACAGAAAUCAUUUGCGCCAACAUGGGUCUUUGUAAAGUGUUAAUUAAUCAACACUUACUCUCACACUGGCAGUUGAUCUGCUAUAUUAAUAUCUGCUUUCUUUGAGAGGUAUUAUAUAAAAAGUAAAAAGUCACUGUUAUCUGAAGCAUGAAACUCACAGCAAUAUGACAAAUAAUUUUUGAAUGAGAUCAAUUCCAGCUGUUUAUCAUUAAGCAUAACUUUCAUUCAGUGUGAUGUUAUUUAUUUUUUAGUAGCACUCAGGUAUUUCUUGUUGUAUUUUAUGUAAUUUAUUAUUGAGAAAUAAUGAUAUUGGGAUAUUUGUAGACUUUAUGUAAGGGUAUUG